AGGGGAGAGCAAAAGAGUGCAACUUACAGUUUGGGAACAAGAUGAGAGGAGUGAGUAGAAAGAAAUAGAAAAUUUUGCCAAUGUUGGCAAAUUUUUAAAAGGCAUACAAUUCCUGCUUUCCCUAAACUGUAGACCUUUGUCAAUAGUUCCUUCCUAAGGGUGGUCCUAUAAGGAAAACCCCUGGGAACUGAGUGAGUAGCCUCUCAGUAUCUUUGUAAUUAGAAAGUGGUAAUUCCUGGAUGUUACACUGCUUAUGCCGUAGCAUCAUUCCGAGGCCUGAAGCCAGACCUAUCGUUAUUAUUCUGUGCAGAUAAUCCACAUCCUGUCCAGAGGUCACUAUGGGAAGCUCACUAUGGUAUCACACAUGGAAUAAGUCUGUAGAAAUGCAUGUGGAGGUCACUGAGAAUAAAGGCACAUGAGAUUCAUCCACUGUCAUGGAAAUUUCUAGCCCAUUCCCAUUUGCUUAUAAUAAUUAUCCACCACAAGGGGCUGCUAACUAGUGUGAUGUUUUAAAACAAAGCACAAACUUUGUGACCUAGGGCCAUGAUUGAGACUAUGACAACUUUGAGAACUACUAGAAUGUGAGGCUUGAUCAGAUAAUUUCCGAGGUUCUAGAGCCCUUUGGAGAGAAUUCAAGUGAGAGAAAGGAGUUCUAGUUCUCCUAGCACCUUGAAGAAUGAGAAAGCAUCGGGCUGCCUUCCAGGUGGUAGUUCUGCCUGGCAGUUUUUGCUGUCAAGUAGCUUAAAAAAAAAGCAAACAAACCUGGAGCUCUAUCAGAUAGAAACACUUUUUGAAGCAAGGGGCUGUCUUUCACCCAUAAAAACCAGAGUUGCCUGCUGGGGGCCCGCAUGGCACAAGGCGUCCAGGCUUGGAGGUGGGUGAGGGCUGCCGAAUGCCCAGCUCUGCCUGCUGGGGUGGAGGGCAUGUUCCGCCCCUUCUCAGCUGUCACGUGAGCACCAGCCUACAGGUCUGGGUUGCACACACACCCUCCUGGCAGUGCAGGCUUCUUCCCUCCAGAGCCAGGUUCCCUCACUUCUCCACGUCUCUGGGCUCUUCAGCUGAGCUGGGCCUCAGCACCUGGACUCUAGGCAGUCCCAGAAUCCCGUGGUAGCCAGGUGGGUGAGGGGAGCAAGAACAUUCCACCUGCCUUGAAGAGACGCCUUCCGAGCUGCUGAGUGAGUGCCCAGGUGGUCCCCGGAGCCUGACCAUGGACGCUGUUCACACAGGCAUGUCCAGUGCACCCCUGGUCAGGCAUACCACUGCAGCUGGGCUCAAGGCCAGCAGACCCCGAGUCAUGUCCAAGAGUGGGCACAGCAAUGUGAGAAUUGACAAAGUAGAUGGUAUAUACUUACUCUACCUGCAAGACUUGUGGACGACCGUCAUCGACAUGAAGUGGAGAUACAAGCUCACCCUAUUUGCCGCCACGUUCGUGAUGACCUGGUUCCUUUUUGGAGUGGUCUACUAUGCCAUUGCAUUUAUCCAUGGGGACUUAGAACUGAGUGAACGCAUUUCAAAUCACACCCCCUGCAUCAUGAAAGUGGACUCUCUCACGGGGGCCUUUCUCUUUUCCCUGGAAUCCCAGACAACCAUCGGCUACGGAGUCCGUUCCAUCACAGAGGAAUGCCCUCAUGCCAUUUUCCUGUUGGUUGCUCAGCUGGUCAUCACGACCUUGAUUGAGAUCUUCAUCACGGGCACCUUCUUGGCCAAAAUCGCAAGACCUAAAAAGCGGGCAGAGACCAUCAAGUUCAGCCACUGUGCUGUCAUCACCAAGCAGAACGGGAAGCUGUGCUUGGUGAUCCAGGUGGCCAACAUGAGGAAGAGCCUCCUGAUUCAGUGCCAGCUCUCCGGCAAGCUCCUCCAGACCCAUGUCACCAAGGAGGGGGAGCGCAUCCUCCUCAACCAAGCCACUGUCAAAUUCCACGUGGACUCCUCUUCAGAGAGCCCCUUCCUCAUUUUGCCUAUGACCUUCUACCACGUGCUGGAUGAGACAAGCCCCCUGAGAGAUCUCACACCCCAAACUCUGAAGGAGAAGGAGUUUGAACUCGUGGUCCUCCUCAAUGCCACCGUGGAAUCGACCAGCGCCGUCUGCCAGAGCCGCACAUCUUAUAUCCCAGAGGAGAUCUACUGGGGCUUUGAGUUUGUGCCUGUGGUUUCACUCUCAAAACACGGAAAGUAUGUGGCUGAUUUCAGUCAGUUUGAACAGAUCCGGAAGAGCCCAGAUUGCACCUUUUACUGUGCAGAUUCUGAGAAGCAGAAACUUGAGGAGAAGUACAGGCAGGAGGAUCAGAGGGAAAGAGAACUGAGAAGUCUUUUGUUGCAACAGAGCAAUGUCUGAUGGCAGGGGUGUUGCCCAGGUUAACCCUUACAUCAUUACUUUAAAACAUACCCACUUCUUUCAAGCAGAGAAAAUGUUAUAUAUAAUGGAGGCUAUCUCAUAAACCUAAAAGGGGGUGGGGGGGUCUCUGUAUUCACAAAAUACAAUCAUUCCGUUUCUACCUUUUUUCAGGGGAUUUAGUUGUACAGAGUGAAACUGAUCAAAUCAGGAAUGAACAGUUAUAAGAACAUAUGCAAAUGGAGCUGUUGCUUUUAUUCACACUAAUUUUUUGAUGCUGGAAUGUACUAGAAUAGAGUGUCCUUUCUAUUCAAAGUGUGACUCCCAGACCAGCAGUAUCAGCACCGUCGAGUUGAUUCAUAGCAAUGCAGACCCUCAGGCACCACCUGGGCUUCCAAAAUCAGAGUCUGUGUCUUAACAAGACCCCCAAGUGAUUCGUGGACAAAUCAAAGUUUGAGAAGCUCCACUCCACACAAUGUUUUCAAAAUAACUUUCUGAAGCCCCAGGAUCCUGUGGGUAGCCACAUCCACACGGCCUCCAGACCUGAACUUCUCUCUUCAAUUUGCUAUAUCAGGCCAAUAUUCCUUUCAGCUAUUUCAUUCCUUAUCUAUUAAAAUACCUUGUCCACAAGGAACCGCUCACUAACAGCCCAAGAGCAAAAUAAAACUAUUGAGAAUGAUGGCUGUCGCACGCCUACUGAGUAUAUGCUCCCUGAUUACAGUCAGCACAGAAGAAAAAUAAAGCUGUGUUACAGAAAUGUGCUCAGAUGUUGACAUCUACAAGGUUGAAUGGGGCCAUGAGGAACAAGAGGAGCUUGGGAGAAGGAAUUCAUACACAGAUGACUCCCUGAAACACAAACAACACUUGGUAAUCUGAUAACAGGCAUAGGACGACCUCACUACUUAAAUAAAUCUUGUACAACUGAG